AUGGGGCCGCCGCGCCGCCCGCCCGCCCGCGGCCCGGGUCUCCUCCUCCUUCUGGUGCUGUCGUGGCUCGGUGGAACGUGGGCUCAGGACACGUGUAUGGCUCCAGACAGGCUGCAAUAUGCAGAGCUCGAGGAGCGUUUCAGCACAAUGAAGAACUUUCCUGUUGGAACCAUGGUGUCAUACAUCUGCCGGCCAGGGUAUAUAAAAAUCCCUGGAAAAUCAUCAGCUCGUACAUGUGGUGAAGACUUACAGUGGUCACCUACAGAGCAGUUCUGUACCGAGAGAAAAUGUAACCAUCCAGGAGACUUAGAACAUGGUUUUAUUAAUGUGACAGAUCUUACAUUUGGUUCAAAAGCUACUUUUUCUUGUGAAGGAGGAUUCAGAUUACGUGGAAUUGCUGAAAUUUCCUGUGUAAUUAAGGAUAAAGGUGUUGGCUGGAGUAGAGAUCUUCCUUUCUGUGAAAGAAUUCCUUGUGAACCACCUCCAAACAUAACCAAUGGGCGCUACACUGAAGCAGCUGUCUAUGUUUAUCAAACGUCAGUAACCUAUAGUUGUAAUGAUGUACCAAAAGGCGCGGAUCCCUUUUCGCUGAUUGGCCCAGCUACUAUUUUCUGCACAUACAAUGCACAGUCAAAUGGAGUUUGGAGUGAACCACCUCCACAAUGUAGAGUGGUCAAAUGUGAUAACCCAAAAGUUGAAAAUGGAAGAAAAAAAACUGGAUUUGGACCUUCCUAUAGCUAUAAGGACUCGGUUAUAUUUGAGUGUGAUCCAGGUUAUUUCAUGAUCGGACCGGAGGUAAUUACCUGUAGAGAAAAUAACACCUGGGUUCCUCCAAAACCAACUUGUGAAAAAACUACUGCAGAUGCAUGUGGUGCCCCAAAUAUCGCACAUGGAGUAGUGAUUCCAGCUAAAUCUGUAUAUGAAGGAGGAGAGUCUGUUCAGAUAAAGUGCGAUACUUCUUGUACUUUUCCUGAUGGCGCUGAAGAGAUGACAGUAACUUGUCAAGGACAGAAUAUAUGGAGUUCUUUACAAAACUGUGCAUGUGGGCCUAAAAGUUCUGGUUUCACUCCACACAUAAGUUACGGUAGAGUAAUUGAUGGACAAAAAUCUUCAUAUUCUGUCGGGGAUAUUAUUACAAUUGAAUGUUAUGCAGGCUACACGUUACAUGGUGCAACUCGUAUUGAGUAUGUUGGAGAAAACCAAUGGAAUCCUGGAGUGCCAACUUGCCAGUUAAGUGCCUAUAUUACAGCCAUCAUCUGUGUGAUUGUGGCAAUAGUGGUGUUCCUGGCAGCCUUCUGGGUCUAUAAGAAAUUCUUUUCACAAAAUGGGAAACGUGACAGCACUCCAUGUACUGCCGAAUAUAAGAUCUGUAAAGCAUGAAUUACCAUUUUUUGGGGUGGGAGGGAAUUUGCAGUUGAAUAUACCUAUUAGAAAUGGAAAAUUAUUGCACUUGGAUUGAGUUUCUGUAGAUUAAUAUUUUGUACUAUGUGCUAUACUACUGAUUGACUGUAGUGGGAGAUCAUUAAUAGGGUAAAAAGAAUAUAUAUGUGUAUAUAUCUGCUUUUCCUUAUGGGCCACUCAGACUGUCUUUUCUGUGUAUGUGAAAUGGUUUUAAAGGCACAUACCUGUAGCAUGCAAGAUUGUCUGUGUCGGCGGGAGUACUGGACGUAUCACUGUCAUAGUACCAGCUGCUGCCGCCUGCUGCCUUCAGUGCUACCUCUUUUCUUACAGAAGACUAUCCAAUACUAGUUCUGCUCACUAAAAUCUGAAUGUGCUUCUCGUUCAUUUUUGUGGUUGAGGCGGUAUAAAUGAUUAUGUUGUCUCUUGUAUUAUGAAAUGUUUUAUUAUUAGUUUCCUUAAGAGAUUGGUGCCAUUUAAGGCUAUGUCUUUUUGAAACUAUCACAGUUUAGAUCUUAUAUAUACCACCUCUUUGUUUGCCAAAGUUGGUUUCUGUAUAUCUAACGAAUUAAAAUGUGCCUUUAAAUCAGAGUUUUAUAGAUUUUCCAUUGCCUUUAAGAAGGAAAAAAGCCAUAUAUAUUUCUGACUCUUUGAUAUAGUCCCAGAAGGACUACAGUGGAUUUGUUGGAAUGGAAAACUGAAGGUUUCUAUAGCAAAGGUAUCCCCGGCUUUGAAGUUGUUGGUCUAUUGACGGAAGGCACCUAAUUAAAGGAACUGCUGAGAAAUCAGUGGUAGCCAUCUCCUAUCAGGAGCACAGUGUAAGUUCCGUAGCAUGCUUGAUUUUUAUUGAGCCUUGAUGUCAGUUUCGGAGAGAAUUUUGUUGCUUUUCAGGAUAGAAAUGGCACUGUGUGGAUCUAGCUUCCUUGUUCUUUUUACUUGAAAUCAUAUAUUCCAUAUACAGCAUUUCAAAUCUCUGUAUACAGACUACGAUGCUAAAGCUAUCUCUGUAGUGCUAGAUUUAGCAUUGGAUAUCUGUUGAGAAGCAGAAGCCUUUCCCUGUCAGGCUCCCUUCUCUUUUCAUGUUAAAGGAAGACCAAACCAGCUUAGUUGCGGGAGCGAAGGAAUAGCUAUGUGGGCAGUGGUGGUAGAUGUGGUCUCUGUUUAGGCAGCUGCUUGCUUCAUGAAGUGUUUUGGUCAAGACUGUGACUCCAGGAGCUCCCAUCACAGCGUUUGUCAUGAAUUGAGACUCAGAUGUGCAUUGAUAGCUGUGGCUUUAAAUGCAUACUUGCUACUUCUAAUUACUUAUUAAAACCAAAAGCGUAAUUAGGACAGGCUUUGGCUUUGUGAAUCUCUGAGUUUGCUGUCAACAUACAGGCAGCUUAUAAGAACCAAUUUUCCCAGAAAAACCAAAUUGCCUCUCUUCAAAUGGCUGAGGCAGCAUUUAAACUAUUCAUGCUUGUCUGUGGUAGAUUCGCACGGCUCUCCACUGUAGUGAACAGAUUGAAUAACGUAGGACUAUUUAGGGCUUUAUAGGGCUUUUUGGGACAAUCCCAGCAGUUGUAUCGUCAGAGUUCAUGAUAGUCUGGUUAUUAAAAAGGGGUUUUGGCUACACAGAAUGACAUGCUGUUCAUUGCCUAGCUGAUACCUAGUUUGAUAAUUGUUUGUAAACACUAUGAUAAUAUACUGGGAAUUGAGUGUGUUGGUCACUAGCUAGCUUGAUUAUGUAUGGCAUCUCCAAUGUUUUAAAAUACGCUGAAAUGCACUUAAAGCUGAAGUGAAAUAACUGUAAAAAAUGGCCUUUUACACUUUUUUCUGGAUGUAAAGACUA